UUCCCAACGCAUGCGCACUUUGACACAGAUCUGACAACAAGGAUCGGAUGUGAGCAUUUGAUGAUAUGGGCACUGCGCUGGCAUUUAAAUUCUUCGGGUAACCUAUAAUCAGAUGAACAAAGCUUUACAAACAUUUAAUUGUCAGUAUACGUUUACUAUAAUCGCCUCUCUGCAUUCUCACUAUGCCGAGCAAUAAGCUUGAGAAACCUGAGAUCAAUGAUAACGUCAAGGUGGUGGUGAGAUGUCGCCCCCUCAACCAGAAAGAGAAGAUGAUGGGCCACAAACAGGCCGUCCUUGUUGACGAGAUUCGUGGAACCAUAACAGUUAACAAACUCGAGACUCCUCAGGAGCCUCCCAAGACCUUCACAUUUGACACCGUGUUUGGAACAGACAGCAAACAGCUGGAUGUCUACAAUCUCACAGCCCGCCCCAUCAUUGACUCAGUAUUAGAGGGAUACAAUGGCACCAUUUUUGCAUAUGGACAAACUGGCACAGGAAAAACAUUCACUAUGGAGGGUGUGAGGGCAGUGCCAGAACUUAGAGGGAUAAUCCCAAACUCGUUUGCUCAUAUUUUUGGUCACAUUGCCAAGGCAGAGGGUGACACAAGAUUUUUGGUCCGUGUUUCAUACCUGGAGAUUUACAAUGAGGAAGUGCGGGACUUGUUGGGCAAGGACCAACUGCAGAGGCUAGAGGUGAAAGAAAGACCAGAUGUUGGCGUAUAUAUCAAAGACCUCUCUGGUUAUGUUGUGAACAAUGCUGACGACAUGGACAGGAUUAUGACGCUUGGCCACAAAAAUCGGUCUGUCGGUGCCACAAACAUGAAUGAACACAGCUCCCGUUCUCAUGCUAUCUUCACCAUCACUAUCGAGUGCAGUGAGAAGGGUGUGGAUGGAAACCAGCAUGUCCGCAUGGGAAAACUUCAUCUGGUUGAUCUUGCAGGUUCAGAGAGACAGGGCAAGACUGGAGCCACAGGUCAGCGUUUAAAGGAAGCAACAAAGAUCAAUCUCUCUCUCUCCACACUGGGUAAUGUCAUCUCUGCCUUGGUGGAUGGCAAGAGCACACACGUACCCUACAGGAACUCUAAACUAACCCGUCUGCUGCAGGAUUCACUAGGAGGAAACUCCAAGACCAUGAUGUGUGCAAAUAUAGGCCCUGCAGACUAUAACUAUGAUGAGACCAUCAGUACCCUGCGCUACGCUAAUAGGGCUAAAAACAUCAAAAACAAAGCCAGGAUCAAUGAGGAUCCUAAAGAUGCCCUAUUGCGGCAGUUUCAGAAGGAGAUUGAGGAGCUAAAGAAGAAACUGGUGGAAGGUGAAGAGAUCUCUGGCUCAGAGGGUAGUGGAUCAGAAGAGAUGGAUGAAGGUGAUGAUGAAGGAGGGGAGGCAGGAGAAGGCCGCAGGAGAAGAAGAGACAGCAGCAGCAGCAGCGAUAGCUCAGAAUUUGCCUUCUCCUCCUCAGUGCCACUGCCCACUGAGGACAAACCUCAGAAUAAAGAAAGAGGGAGGAAGAAGGUUUCCCCAGACAAGAUGGUGGAGAUGCAGGCAAAGAUUGAAGAGGAAAGAAAGGCAUUGGAGGCCAAGCUGGACAUGGAAGAGGAGGAGAGGAACAAGGCAAGAGCAGAGCUGGAGAAAAGGGAGAAGGACCUUCUUAAAGCCCAGCAGGAGCAUCACCUUCUGCUGGAGAAGUUGUCAGCCUUAGAGAAGAAGGUGAUCGUGGGUGGAGUGGACCUCUUGGCCAAGGCUGAGGAGCAGGAGAAGCUUUUGCAGGAGUCCAACAAUGAACUGGAAGAACGUCGCAGGAGAGCGGAGCAGUUGCGAAAGGAGCUGGAGGAGAAAGAGCAAGAACGUCUGGACAUAGAAGAGAAGUACACUAGCCUGCAGGAGGAGGCUCAAGGAAAGACCAAGAAGCUGAAGAAAGUAUGGACGAUGCUGAUGGCUGCCAAAUCAGAAAUGGCAGAUCUGCAGCAAGAGCAUCACAGAGAGAUCGAGGGCCUCCUGGAGAAUAUCCGCCAGCUGAGUCGAGAGCUGCGGCUCCAGAUGCUCAUCAUAGACAACUUUAUUCCCCAGGAAUACCAGGAGAUGAUAGAGAAUUAUGUGCACUGGAAUGAAGACAUUGGAGAAUGGCAGCUGAAAUGUGUGGCAUACACUGGCAACAAUAUGAGAAAACAGACCCCUGCUCCAGACAAAAAAGAAAAAGAUCCAUUUGAGGUGGAUCUGUCCCAUGUGUAUCUGGCCUACACAGAGGAGAGCAUGCGGCAGUCACUAAUGAAACUAGAGAGACCCAGAACCUCUAAAAGUGGCAAGACUGGUCGACCCAAGACUGGGCGAAGGAAAAGAUCUGCAAAGCCAGACGCUGUGAUCGAAUCCCUUCUGCAGUGAAGACGGCGUAGAGGAGAGCUUGGUUGCAACUUUCAUGUUACUUUAGGAAAACAAGUCAGUAGUUGAGUUUGAAGAAUUUAUUGUUGAACAUUAUUUAAAAGAUUAUCUAAAUACACUGUAUAGCUGGUAAGGUUUUAAAUGUGAAGGAGCUGCACCUAUGAUAGGAUUAAGACCUCUUGGCUAAGAGGACCUGUAUGUCAUUAUAGUAAGACUGCUUUGAGGAUGUCCAACAUUUUAAUGUUGCUUUGGAACGCAUUUCGGCGGCCGCAGCCUCUGUUUAAGUUAAACUCUUUUAUGUAAGCAGGAAUUUACCAUAAAACCUAUUUCACUUGAAACAUCAUUGAUUUUGAAUAUGACCAGCUCUCUGAUUUAAGUCGUAACUUCUGUUGUUACAUGUGAGAAACUGAUUCAUAUUAAAGGGCCCAUGCUGACAUGAAUACAUUAUAAUUGAAUUCUAAUUAAGGGUGCAUUUUCACUUAAAUUCAAGCUAAUUAUUCUACUCACAGCACAAGCUGUAGCCUCCAUGUUUCUUUCCACUGAACACAAGAAAUCAUUAACAUGGAGAGAAACUAAUAUAUGCUAAUGGCUAAUGUGGUGGGAACAAGGAGAAGAUAGUAUGUAGUAUCAAGUAUGUAAAUGAAAAGUGUGUUUUAUACUUUUUCCUUUUAGGACAGAAGCAUAGGGGCAUGCAUGCAGCUCUUAUGUUAGUGCCAUUUGCUAUUCUAAGUAAGUCAUCUUUUUAUUUAGAACACUUUGUGUUAUAUUGAAAUGCACCAUACAUACUGUAUGCCUUAGUAUAAUGCACCAGUAUGAGGCUUUUGUGGAGAUCAUAAAAUUUUAUUAUGUGGAGGCAAACUGACUUUUAUUUUGUAUCAUAAUGUAUGUCAAAUGUUUACAUCCACCAAACCCCCGGAUAUUUUAUUUAUUAAAUUAUUUUACACGUUUUAUCUCA